GAAGUAUUUCAUAUCCUAGUAGGGCAGCAACAAAGCUGUCACUAUCUUUCGGGUUAAACUACAAAUUUUACUCGGCAUUACUCGUUAGACUCGACUGGAGCCGCCUUGUCAAAUACUUUUUCUAGCAUUUUAUAAGACAACCUUUUCACGAUGAAGCAAUUCGCGUUGACGACCUGCAUCCGCCGCAUUUGGGUCAUGUCCGCUUGGCUGCGGCAGGAGGCGGCCAUCGCUGCCGGCAUGCUGGUGGUGCAACGCCACCAGGUCGAGCUGAAGGAGGAGGCGGAGGAGCUCAAGGUCGAGCAGCAGGUGGCGUCCAGUGACGGCGAGGUGGGCGUCGACUCCCAGGGAAGACUCCGCCGCGUGCGCCUGCUCGAGGACUACAUCCUGCCCUUCGAAUGCGGCCUGUGAUCCCGAGUCCGUAAUUCUCCUCCGAUCUGGUUAUCCUUGAGUUAGUUGGUUCCUCUUCUUGGCGUGCCCUACUGUACGCGCUUCCAAAUUGAUGUGUGCACCCACUGGACUCGGACACUCCACCUGGACGGACACGGGCACUUCAUUGAUAUUUUAUUGCGUAAAAUUGUUGAAACGAUUCCCAGCUUUUAGACAAAUCCUAUUUUGUGUAGGAUCGUGACUUUUAAAAACAUUUCGCGUUCAAAACUGUAUUUUUUCAAAUUUCAAAUUAAACAACUAAUGGUGUCUUAAUCAUA